CCUUUGCCCAGCUUUUGCCCAUUUAGGCUCUGCGUCCGUAGGACUCCUUGAAGGGUUGUUUUGCAUUGAUCGGGAGCAGAAUGUCUUCUCCGCUGAGGUUUGACGGGCGGGUGGUUCUGGUGACCGGUGCUGGGGGAGGACUGGGUAGAACGUAUGCGUUGGCUUUUGCUGAAAGAGGAGCUUCUGUGGUUGUGAAUGAUCUUGGAGGUGACAUCAAGGGACACGGAAAGAGUUCUUCAGCUGCUGACAAAGUUGUUCAAGAAAUACGAGCCAAAGGUGGAAAAGCAGUAGCUAAUUAUGAUUCAGUAGAAGCUGGUGAGAAGCUUGUGCAAACCGCUCUGGAUGCUUUUGGGAAAAUAGAUAUUCUGAUCAAUAAUGCUGGGAUCUUGAGGGACCGUUCAUUUGCUAGGAUCAGUGACGAAGACUGGGAUAUAAUUCACAAAGUUCAUUUGAGGGGGUCCUUCCUGGUAACCCGAGCUGCAUGGAACCAUAUGAAAAAUCAGAAAUUUGGAAGAAUAAUCAUGACUUCCUCAGCUGCUGGAAUAUAUGGCAACUUUGGUCAGGCUAAUUACAGUGCUGCCAAACUUGGCCUUUUGGGUCUGGCAAACACACUUGCAGUUGAAGGCAAGAAGUACAACAUCCACUGUAAUACAAUUGCUCCCACAGCAGGCUCCAGGUUGACACAGACUGUGAUGCCCCCAGAUAUGGUGGAUGCCUUGAAACCAGAAUAUGUGGCUCCUCUUGUCCUUUGGCUUUGUCAUGAAAGGUGUCAAGAGAACAGUGGAUUGUUUGAGGUUGGAGCUGGCUGGGUUGGAAAAUUACGCUGGGAGCGAUCUCUGGGAGCCAUUGUCAGGCAGAAGAACCAUCUCGUGACACCAGAAGCUGUGGAACUUAAUUGGGAAAAGAUUUGUAAUUUUGAUAAUGCCCAGAAACCUCAAAAUAUCCAAGAAUCUCUUGUUAUGCUGAAUGAUGUGCUGAGUCAAAUAGAAUCUCAGAAUAUCUCCCCAAGUCCUACGAGCCACAGUGUACCCACGUCCUCUGCAGGCAUUGACCCUGCAAAAUGCGUUGGCCAUAAGCUCCCUGGGUUUGUAUAUGAAUAUACUCAUUUGCAGCCCAUCUUGUAUGCGCUUGGAGUGGGUAUGUCCACCAAGGAUCCAGACCACCUGAAAUUCCUAUUUGAAGGAAGUGAAGAGUUUUGCUGCCUUCCUACUUUUGCAGUGAUACCAGCUCAAUCUUCCAUGUUUGAGGGUGGCAUAUCCAGUAUUCCAGGACUCAGCAUUGAUGUAACAAGAAUCUUACAUGGUGAACAGUAUUUGGAGCUGUACAAGCCACUUCCUACAUCAGGAAAGCUAACUUCUGAAGCCGUGAUUGCUGACAUUCUUGAUAAAGGCUCAGGAGCUCUUAUACUCUUAGAUGUAUACACAUACUCUGGGAAGGAUCUUCUGUGCUAUAAUCAGUUCUCUAUCUUUGUUGUUGGAGCUGGAGGUUUUGGUGGAAAGCGAUCAUCUGAGAAGGCCAAGGUUACAGUGAACACCCCCAACAGGCCACCAGAUGUUGUAGCCACUGAUGUCACUACAGCAGAUCAGGCUGCCUUGUAUCGGCUUAGUGGUGAUUGGAAUCCCUUGCACAUUGAUCCUGGGUUUGCAGCCCUUGGAGGAUUUCAGAAGCCCAUAUUGCAUGGACUGUGUACUUUGGGAUUUGCUGCCAGACAUGUUUUAAAACACUUUGCUAAUAACGAUGUGACCAGAUUCAAGGCAAUUAAGAUUCGUUUUGCAAAACCAGUUUUCCCAGGACAAACCUUGCAAACAGAAAUGUGGAAGGAAGGAAAUAGAAUUCUUCUUCAAACCAAGGUCAAAGAGACUGGGAAUGUUGCAAUUGGAGGAGCAUAUGUGGAUCUGGUGUCAUCUUCUAUCCAGCCUUCAGCUAAGGAACCUUCAGCUAAGGCAACAGAGUUGCAGAGUGACCUUAUUUUUGAAGAAAUUGGUCGCCGUAUCAAAGAUAUUGGAAAUGAGCUGGGAAAGAAAAUAAAUGCUGUAUUUCAGUGGAACAUCACUAAGGAUGACAAGACCGCAGUGCAGUGGACCAUAGACUUAAAGAAUGGCUCUGGAGAGUUGUACCAAGGACCUGCCCGUGGAAAAGCUGAUACUGUUUUCACUAUAUCAGAUGAAGACUUUGUGAACUUAGUACUAGGCACCCUCAGUCCACAGAAGGCAUUCAUCUCUGGUAAACUAAAACUUAAAGGAAACAUCAUGCUGAGCCAGAAACUGGGGAUGAUAUUCCAACAGUAUGCAAAGCUGUGAAUUCCCUGCUGAAAUGAUUUGCCCUCUGAAGAAAAAAAGAAACAGUUUCAGCUAGGACAAAAAAGCAGCUGUUUCAUUUUUAGAACAACCUGAAAUGUUAUAUAAAUUCUGCAUUAGAUAAUUUCCAAUAGACUUUGUUGCUAUAAAUGCAAGUUGUCUUGAUUCUUGCAGAUGCAGACAGUUGAUUAUUAUUUCCUCUCUUUUAUUCUAUAUUCCAAGGCUUUGUACCAGCCUUCAGAUGAUGGAUUUAUUAUACAAUUCAUCUGGAGAGCCUUUUUGGGAGGCUUGAUUUGUGCCUCUUCCUUAUUCUUCUUUCAUUAAAAAUGCAAUUAAUAUAUUUCUAUGGAAAUCUAAAUAUAAUUAAAUAAACUUCCUUUGAUACUAACCU